CUGUCGUGCGCUGACUGGUGUAUUUACGAGACGAGGAUCCCACCUGCCGGAGAGCAGACACCGCGGGAUGGACGCCCUGAAAUCCGCCGGCAGAGCGAUUAUCAAGAGCCCCGGAGUUCCACGGCACACAUGGGGAACUUCAAAGCAUGAAAAGCUGCCAGAGAACUGGACAGACACCAAGGAGACUCUGCUGGAAGGGAUGGUGUUCAACGUGAAGUACCUGGGUAUGACUCUGGUGGGCCAGCCAAAAGGAGAGGACAUGGCCUCAGCUGCCAUUCACAGAAUAGUUGCCAUGGCCAGAGCCAGUGCUAAGAAGUUUCGGAAAGUAACACUGACUGUCUCACCAAAAGGCAUCAUCAUCACAGACACAGAGACUGCAGACCUCAUAGAGAAUGUCUCCAUAUAUAGAAUUUCGUACUGCACAGCAGAUAAAACUCAGGAUAAGGUCUUUGCCUAUGUUUCUCAGUGUCAGUUCAAUGAAAGGCUUGAGUGCCAUGCGUUUCUCUGCCAUAAGAGGAAAAUUGCUCAGGCUGUUACAUUAACAGUAGCCCAGGCUUUCAAAGUAGCCCUAGAUCUUUGGGAAAUUGCUCAGGAAGACAAAAGCAGGAAGUCCAGGACCUGCUGUUCCUGUGCAGCAAGUGAUGGACAGACAGAGACAGCAGACACUCAGUGUGUCCCAGCAGGUCCAGAGGAACAUAAGCCAAUUGGGAUGGAGGAGAAACUCCGCAGGCCCCUCUUCUCUGUGUCACUCAGCUCAUCUUCACCUUAUAGUAACAUCACUCAAAGGCGACCAAUCAAACAUGACUCUUGGGAUGUGGAGGAUGGACUAGAUGAUGUAUUCUCAAGCAACAUGGAAGUGGAGGAGACAGACACUGACUGGCCAAGUCAUGCUCCAAACUCGUCUUUGACAAUGCAGCUUUGAGGGCCUCGGAGGUCUCCACUGAGAGUUGUUUGCUUAAUUGCAACAAUGAGUUUGCACAACACAUAG